CUACCAAUUCUCCAGUUGACAACAACUCCAUUUUGUGACCAUUAAUGACUAUAUAAGGCAUAGAGUCAUACUUGCAAAUCAUUCCCAACGAUUAUAUCUAUCACCCCGUUAUUUUCUUCUAUAUAUAAGUUGUGUCCAAAAUAGUGCAAAUCGAAUUCCCACCUUCUUCUUCCUCCUCCCAUUACAUAAAUAUUCAAGAACCCUGAAAAAUGAUGAUCGGAAUGGGUGAUAUAUACAAGGUUGUAGUAGCCAUGACACCUUUAUAUGUUGCAUUAAUUCUAGGCUAUGGUUCAGUAAAAUGGUGGAAAAUGUUUUCUCGCGAGCAAUGUGACGCGAUUAAUAAAUUCGUUUGUUACUUUACUUUACCACUCUUCACAUUCCAUUUCACUUCUCAAGUUGAUCCAUUCGGAUGGAAUUACAAAUUUCUAGCUGCUGAUGCAAUAUCCAAAGUCAUAAUUGUUAUUGUUUUAAUUGCAUGGGCUAAAGGAAGUAGUAACGGAUGUUAUACUUGGUUAAUAACAAGUUUCUCAUUAUCAACUUUAACUAAUUCUUUGGUCGUAGGAGUUCCCAUGUUAAAAGCCAUGUAUGGUGAUAUUGGAGUUAAUAUUGUUGUUGAAAGUACUGUCUUCCAGGGGAUAGUCUGGUUAUCGGUUCUUUUGUUCGUUUUAGAGAUUCGUAACGCAAAUGAUUCUUCUUCGAGUGUAAAUAUUCUCGAUUCUCAGAUGGUUAACGAUUUAGAAAGAAAUGACAAUUCGGCUUCGGUUACUACCGUACCUAGUAGACCUUCAUUUUUGUCUAUGAUGAAGACUGUUUGCGUUAAGCUUAUUCUUAAUCCUAAUGCUCAAGCCAGUGUCAUUGGCAUCACUUGGGCUUUUAUCUCAAGUAGGUGGCAUAUCGAAAUGCCGAUAAUCAUCGAGCGAUCCGUGUUGAUUAUGUCGAAAGCAGGAAUCGGCUCAGCUAUGUUCAGUAUGGGUCUUUUUACUGCACUGCAAGAAAAAAUUCUGGCAUGCGGGGUGCGCUUAACGUUGUUCGGUUUGGUAUUAAGGUUUAUUGCAGGACCAGCUGCCAUGGCAAUGGGAUGUUUGGCCGUUGGCCUGCGCGGUGAUGUUUUGCGUGUAGCAGUUGUCCAAGCAGCUUUACCACAAGCAAUCGCAUCGUUCAUCUACGCGAAGGAGUACGGGUUGCAUGCGGACGUGCUUAGCACUGCGGUGAUAGUUGGAAUGAUCGUUUCCCUACCUGUCUUAAUUGUUUACUUCAUAGCUCUGGGUUUUUUUAUUUGACAAUGUUUUUUUUUCUUUUUGUUACCAGAGGUUUUAACAUUUCCGGUUGGUGUUGAGAUGUAAUCUACGUGGCAUGUAAUAAUUGCGUAUGUAAUGUAACUUGGGUAUGAGAACACUUAAUGAAUGUGUUUAUUCAUAUUAGUUUAAAA